UGGCUGUCAGUGGAAAACUAAUAGCAGGGAGUCAGUCAGAAGAAAUGUGUCGCCAGCACAUGGAGGGGCCGGCGCCGCGGGUUCCCCGUCGGAAGAGUGGACAGGAGGCCUAACGCUGUGCGGAGCCGGGGAGAGAUAGGUCGGGGAUGGUGGAAGAGGACGGUCAUGUGGUGUAGGAGAAAACAGAUGCACAGACUUCGGAAUGCCACAGGCUGUCUCACUGCUGCCCUUCCUGCUGGUGCUCAUGGGAUACGCUUUUGCAGGGCUCAAUAUCUGGCCCUCCUUCCACGUUGCCCUUAGCAACGCCAGUGUAUUUGUGGACUUCAGCACAAAAUCCAACAUCAGCACCAUUCGCAACACAAGCGUCUCUCUGGUCAACACGGAAACCAACAACACCCUUCUGACCAGGACUCUGUCCAACAACCAACUGGCUGGCAAGGUGGAGUUCGACUGCUCCUGCUUCCUGUACGCAGGAACUUACAGGUUCCUGCUGAGACAGACCAGCACCACUGCCGUUUCUCCUGCAAGUGGCACAGAUGUCAGUAGCGUGGAGAGCACCACCUGGUGGUGGAGUUCAGAACUGCAGGUGCAGUGGCCUACCUUUCACAUCGCUGUGGAGAGGGCUGGUAACCACUCAGGAUCUUUUCAGGUUGGUAUAUCCACCAAUGAACACUUUCAGGCUUGUUCCAGCGGCCUUGACUCGGCUCUCUUCCUAGAGGUCAGCUACAUGGAGUACAACCAGAUUGGGCGGAACAGCAUUGACAAGGUCCGAGCCCGCGUACAACACCCAAUCAGACCCCUCCGCUCCCAGAGUGUCGAGCUGUCCUGUGCAUUUCCGUUCACAGAAAGAGACUUCAUACGAGUGGCUCUGCGGUCACCUCACACAGCACAGGAAGUGAAGAGCUCUGGUCCUCUCUACCUGUCCCGUAUCUUCUCCUAUAAACUACUGGUGGAAAACAGCAACACUUACAAGAGUGGUUGUGAAGGGACUAUGACUGUUAAACUGAUAACCCCACCAUGUGCUCACAUCAAUGGGAAAGUACUGCUGUAUAAGGAUGCAAGUGUUGGAAGAGGGGCUGCUGUUUCCUCUGGGGUCGGAGCAGGUGGAACAUCACUGAUCGGUUUUGGUUCAGAGGAGCCCUCCUCUCCUCCGCUAGCCUUUAACUGGCUGACUCAGGGAGAGAAUGAGACAGAAUUCAACUGUUCUGUUUUUUACCCCGGAAGGAAUAAGUACUGCUUUCGCUUUGUUUUCAACUUCAGUCGCUCCCCCAGUCCAGCACAGACCUGUUUGGUGGUUCACAGGAGCACAGAGUCAUGGGGGCCCUGGCAGCCAUGGAGUGUUUGCAGUGUGAGCUGUGGGGAGGGGGUGAGGGAACGAGUACGUGAGUGUUUGCUCCCCUCAAGUGUCGGAGGGAUGCACUGCAAUGGCAUGCUGAAGGAACAGUCCCUCUGCUCUCUGGAGGACUGUGUCGUGUUGCCCAGUCCUCCUCCAUCCCUCCCCCCUUUACCUGUCGAAGUCUCACCCCUAGGUGGUAACAUGGUCAUGGUGGCUGGCAUUUCCCUUUGCCUGGCUGUGAUUCUGGCUACUGUUGUGGUGACUGUGUGGAGAAAGCUUUGCCAGACCCCUCAGUGCAGCUCUGUCCGCAGAGGCUCCCUGCAUUCCCCUGGGGGACGCAAGCUGUCCGAUGAGGCCUCUAUCUGCGGACACAGCCUUCAAAGACCCAGUCUGUCCGAUGGCCAUGGCCAACCAGGGAGCGUGGGUGUGGGUGUGGCCCAGAAAGACAGGCCUUCCCUGGGCAGUCAGCCUCUCUCACAGACCCUUGUGAUGCCUCUCUCACAGGACCCAGAAAGGCUGUCUCCCACAGGUCAGAAGGUGUUGCCGCCAAUAUUUGGGUACCGACUGGCGCAGCAGCAGUUGAAAGAAAUGAAAAAGAAGGGGUUAAAGGAGGCCACACAGCUGUACCAUGUCUCUUCAAGCCCAGUCCAUGACACCUUGGUGGAAUCAUCUGCUUCACCCACCAACUCCCCGAUUCCUACACAAACUGGAUUCGCUCAUUCUCCCCUCCCUUUGGGCCUCCCGGACGACACCAACCACAACCAUUUUCGUAUUGCAGCUCCCUUUUCUGAGCCAGCAUCCCAGACUUCGAGGGUCACGCUGGACAGACUGAGUCCCAGAGUGGAGCUGGUCUUAGGUCCUGUCUCUGCUAGUGGGGGCAGCUCAAAAUGGCGUGACCACACUGCCGAUUGGGUGGAGAUGGUAGAGAGGAGUGGGUUAGCAGGUAUAAGAGGCGGAGCGGAUGCAGGAAUGGGAAACUCCAAUCACAAGAAUCCAAAUUUCCGCCGGACCUCCAGUUUCAAUGACACCAAACCCCAGCCUCCAUCCUCUGCACAGUCGAGACACUUCAGAGAACGGAGCAUGACCCAGGUGGGAUCUCGGACCCUUCCCGAAGGAAGUUGUUGGAACAAAGGAGUCUGGGAGAGACAGCCAUACCUCUCUUACCCCAUUCCAGAGCAUGGGGCCUCAGAGUGGGCUAAAUCCAGACAUCAGAAAAAUGACCGGAGGAAGCCCUGGAUAGAGACAGCUGCUCCUUCUCACAACAGUGAACUCAAACACACAGGAACCAACACAAACAGCAUUUCAGCAUCUGAGAAACGUGCUAAAGGAGACGUCAGUUGCGCUGUGGAAAGGCAAAGGAGUGGUGAACCCGGAGGUGGAGGGAGAGAGGUGAUCUCAGGGAUUGGGGGUCCAGCCAUGGGGCCUGUCAAUACUCAUGGAUUGAACCGGCUGACUAUGGAUCGGGCAGAGCGGGCUGAGCAGAACUGGAACCGCCGUGGCCCAUCGCCUAUCCAGAGGAACAUCCUGGCCCGGAAAUUAAAGGAGGCUCAGUCCUGCUCUGGGGUCAAGGGGCGGCAGCGAAGCUCCACCUUUAGUGCAUCGUCCUCUGAGCAGAGGAAAGGUCGCUGCCGCUCUCUGCCAAUGUCCGGUGAAUACAGCAGCAGUGCCGGCUCACCCUACAGGCUGAGUGAAGCAGAACAGAGGAUGUUGGACCUAGAUCUGUCCUCAUCAUGAGAUGGGGAGGAGGAGUAGAUCACUCAGGAUUGUAGCACUAUACCUGGGUGGAAACGCCAUUGCCAUUUACAUUUAUUCCUAACCUAAAUCCUUUCUGCUACUCCUGUGACUUUAACCUAAUAUUAACACAGACACACAUAUCGGUGAAGAUUGCACCGCAUAUAAGACAUUUAGGGACUUUGCUUAUCUAUGAGAAGGAGAGCAAAAAUAAGAUAUUUAAGUUUAUUCUAUUUGAAAAUUUUUUACCAAAACGUAUUUCUGUCAUGACUGUAGAGAAUUUCUCUCUAUUCAGGACACUUUUGGAAGAGGUUUCUUUGUAUAUCAAUUACUGGUACAGUGUUUGGCAUAAUAAGACAAUUUAAAAUGAAGUUGUACCUACAACUUUAUGCACCAUUAAACACAAGCUCCAUCAAUGACAGUAUUCAAAACACUGGAGAAGACUGGUUUAGUCUUAUUGUUCUGCUGAAUGUGCUCUUUUUAUUGUGCUGCGAAGUCAUGCUGUUCUCUCACUAUGAUAUGGUUUACUGUUCAGGGACAUUUUGAAUGUGUGAUCUAAGCAAAGCAUUUUUCAUGUGUUUUCUGAAAAAGUUAGAGCAGUAGUAUCCAGUUGUGACUCUGUUUGAGGACCCUCAAAUAUCAAACAUCAGCACGGCAGGACUGAGAUGCUACUUGUUUUAUUGUUUGAGUAAUAUCAUACACUUUAUAGAAAUGAAAAGCUUACUGGAAAACAGAAGAUACUGUACUAUCGACAUUGGUAAUAGUUUCAAAUAAUGAAGCAAAGCGAGAAAUUAAAAUAUAUAGACUUUA